UCGUAGCUGUCUCAGCAUCGUGUGUGACAUAACCCUUGCAAUUCGCCCACCCAGUGGAUUCUGUGUGUUUUCUGUUUGUUCUAAGAUGUGACAGUGUGUACCGAUGCUGGAGAUACCUCUGUGAACCUGUGCUGGAUACAGUUACCGCCCCGGGUGCAGUGUUGACGAUUUGUUUGUUGGGAAUGCCGCUGUGAGACGAUGGGAGGGCAUCUUCACAGGUCGUCCAGGUUUCCUUGGGGCAUUGUCUGCUUUAUUGUUUGCCUCCAGAUAUGUUUAGUUCACUCAAUGGAACUCACCCCUAAACCCCUCAGUAGGAAUUCGUCACACAAACACAGCAAGAGGUUCUCAGGCCUCUAUACGGGUCCCUACUUCGACUCUUCUACCAGCAAUAACAUCACAACACAACUGGGGGCCCAUGCAUACCUGCCGUGCAAGAUCAAACAGCUGGGAAACAAAUCAGUCUCCUGGGUGAGGAAGAGGGACUCCCACAUCCUGACGGUGGACCGCUACACGUUCAUCGCCGACGAGAGGUUCCAAGCGUUCCUGGUGGAGGCGACAGACACGUGGACAUUGCAGAUCAAGUACGUCCAGGCGAGGGACAGAGGACAGUACGAGUGUCAAGUCAGCAUGGAGCCCAAGCUGAGUCACGUGGUCACCCUCAAUGUUGUUGUUCCUAAAAUUGAGAUUCUUGGCGAGAACGACAUCUACGUCAAGGCUGGCAGCAUCGUCCAGAUCAAAUGCGUCAUAACACAGAGUCUUGAGGAGCCGGCCUACAUCUUCUGGUAUCACAACGGCAAGCGUGUGCUGGACUACGACCGCAAGCAGAAGGACAUUCUGUCAGAAAGGGUGUCUGCAGAUACGACGGUCGGGUCUCUUAUCAUCUAUGAGGCUCGUAGAGAGGACACCGGCAACUACACAUGCAGUCCCUCCAACCUGGACUCCGCCAGCGUACAGCUUCAUGUGCUAAACGACGAGCAUCCCGCAGCCAUGCAGCGCGGGAAGAACUCUGCCUCUCCUCUCCCCGGGGUCUACUGGUACCCUCUGUCUGCUGGCCUCGGCCUAUGCAGCCACCUACAGCGGCGCAGCCUCUUCCUGGCCGUGGCCUCUAUGAUGGCCGUUGGCCACGUCCUCGUCCGUCUGACAUGAGUACCUCGGCCACUCUCCCUCACCCGCCAUCUCGCCUUGCAAUGUAACACAGCAGCAGUCGACUGAGCACACCCUCACAGAAUUUGCGUGUAAAAACUUUUUUACGAUUUUGCAAUGUUACGUUGUAAGGCUGAUUGUACAUAGCGUCAGUGUGAAUCAUUGCUCAUCCCCCUACUAGCUCGCCAGUGUCAGCUGGGCGUGAGUGACAGUAGUGAAAAAAUGAGAGUUCUAUGACAAAAUAUGAUUUUUUUUUUGUAUUAGGAUUUCCUAUUUUAUAUCCUCCCUGGAUUCGUUAGAUCAUAGUUAGAGUAAUUUUAUUAAAUGUAGUUACGGGACACCUAUGUUUUCACUACUGCCCUCCAUGUUUAUAAUAUUCAUUGUACGUACCAAACUUUUAUGUCGAGGAGCAAAUGGAGGGGAAUUUUUAUGAAAUAACUAAUUAAUCAAAUUGUAAACUGUUUUGUUUGAGGUUGGCAUUCGCCAAUUACUUUAAGUUGUGAGAUUUCGCUUAUUCAUGUAGGUUGUUAUAUACAUAACACUGUAAAUAUAUUGUUAAGAGUUUAUAAUAAAUUAUAAAUUUUCCAGAAAAAUUUCAAUUGUGAUGAUAAUAAUAGAUUAUUCGAUAGAACUUAUUUUCUACUUAAGGUUAGGUUGUAGCAUUAAACAAUGCUGUGUGGUACAGUUUUUUUAAUCCAAUAUUGAAUACAGCAGCUACCCCAAUAUUUUCAUAUUUAAUAUAGUUUACCAAACCUUAUCAAUAUACUAAGUAUAGUUUUAUCACACAAAACAUUUUAAGUACAAUGAACACAAUACAAAAUUAUAUUAAUAAGACUUAACGUUGAAAAAAAUUCAGGUAUAAGUUCGAUACAAUCAAAAGUGUCAUUUAUGAAUUAACGUAUUAAAUUCUUACAAAAAAGUGUAAAUAAGGUUAAUAUAAAUAAAAUUCCUUUGUUAAAGUUGUUCUAUGUUUUACAUCUUUUAUUUUUCAUUUGUUGUUUUGUGGAUUUUAUUUUGGAAAUAUUUAAACCUUUGGCUAUAUGACAACAAUGAUAGUGUUUAGUCAGUUUGGAAAAUUUUUUUUUUGUUUUGGUUGCAAAAUUGAAAUUCAAGUUGAAUAUACGUUCUAAAAAAAAAAUAAGUACAGUAAAUGGAACAAUUGAAACAACCUAAAGAAAACUAAAUAAACGAGUUAUGAUUUGCAUAAAAAGUAUUAAGAAAGAUUCAAGGUGGCUUAAAUUUAUAAAACUGUACCACACUUUGUACAGACGUUCUGUUAAAGGCAAAUUUAUAUAACGUAUAAAAUACGAUGUUUAUAUUACCUAUAAGUAAUUGAAAUAUUAUAGUGUUUGUCACAAUGUGAUGUAAAUUAGCUUCGAAAGUGAAGGAUAUUUCGCAGGCAGUGAGUGAUAAGGCCUGAGGACGUAUAAACUAUAGUAUUUUCCAAUAUGAAUAUAAAUGUCCAUCCUGUACAUAAACGAUAUGAUUUAAGUAAAUAUUGAAUAGUUAUUGUUAUUUACUAUGAUAUUUUAAACAAUUGUUUUAUUCAGUUUAUCUAUAUUUGUUGUUUAACUGAAUCAUACUAUCACCUGUUAUAUUUGUGGUGUACAACAUCUGCAAUUGUUUCGAUAGUCUUAAUGUUCCCCUCGACCUUUUAUCUUAUUAGAUCUGCAAUGUAAUAAAAUCGUUGAACCAAUAAAAGUAGAAGCCCUAAAGAAGAUGAAAUUUCAGUAAGGGUUUAUGAUUGAACUAUCGUUUAAAAUCACUAACUAUUAUUCAAUAAUUAUUAUCAAGUGGUAUUCUUGAAAUACCUCACGUAUUUAAUUACAAAUUACAAUUUAUAAACGAAUCAGGCAUAAAAAAGAUCUAAACCAGCCCAGCAAUCAUACAUUUUCAAAUUUUGAAAGGUCCAAAAUGAAACAACCGUUUAGUAACAUUUUUAAAUUAUUUGGGGCUUAGUAAAUACUUAUUAUUUACGUUCGUUGGUAUGUAUAUACUCGUAUUAAAGAUCAGUCAAUUUCUGACAGUGCUUGAUAUCCUACGUUAUAAUAUUAUGGUUAGUGCAGUUUGCCAAAAUAACAAACUACUUAUUUCAUGCCAUGAAUCAGUUUUUUGUUUUACCCCAUAUUUGUUGCCACUAUUUCUGGACUAAUUCGAAAUUUGUACAUUUAAUGAAAAUGGCUUAAUGUUUCCUAACUAAACGAUUUAUGUAAUAAAUGUAUAAGUUGAUGUUCUAUAUUUUUGAAGAUGUUGACAUUUUUGAUUAUUGUUUACAAUUAAGUUUGACUUAUAAAUAAAGAGAUUUUACUAUCAA